AUGUCAAAUAACCAAAGCGCUAAUAUGCCAACUAUCGGAACAAUAAACCAGGGUUCGAUCCAAUACGUGAACAACCCUUUACAAAGUCCGCAACUACAGUCCAGUUCACUGCAAGGAUCUCCUUCUCAACAUAGCCCUAUGGGAACGCAGGCUCAAACUGGAACUAAAGUUGGCCAGAGUGGAGCUGGUGAUCAGGCUACACAGUUGCUCAGCCGACCUCGUCUACAAGAAUUGGUCCGUGAAGUCGACCCCACAGUCCAACUUGAUGAAGAAGUAGAAGAAAUGCUUCUGCAACUUGCUGAUGAUUUUAUAGAUACAACAUUAAAUUCUGCCUGUGCUCUGGCGAAACACAGGCACGCUCCCACCGUGGAGCUCAAGGAUGUUCAGUUACAUUUAGAAAGACAGUGGAAUAUGUGGAUUCCUGGUUUCGGAAAUGAGGAGUUGAGGCCCUAUAAGAGAGCUGCAGUCACAGAAGCCCACAAACAGAGAAUGGCACUCAUCAGAAAGACUAUCAAGAAAUACUAG